AAACGCAGCUGAAAAAAAAAGCACUAAAAGGAAAUGGCCGAUUGACUUUUCUGCAUUUAGAAAACGAAAUUUUGAAUUCUUGACUCUUAUUGAUUGAAAUACUAAAAGUUGAUUCAAAGAUGAGCGAUCGCCACAAAGAGCACAAAGGGUCGUCUCGAUCGUCGCGUGAUGAUUAUAGGAAGGAUAAAGACAACAAAGAGAGUGCGGGACGGACUAGGACGCGGUCACGGUCUCCCAGGCGGAAAAGGUCCUCGCCACCUGUACAAAGACAUGCACGCAAGGAAGAAACCAAACCUCGGGAUAGUGACCUUGAGAAUCAAGAUAGACAAAGACAUUCCGAUGACAGCUGGGAAGAGUCUGAUGAGGAGGUACCAGCACCCCCUCCCCCUCCCCGCAUUAGCAAAAUCACUAUGGGCUUCACAAAACCUAGCACUCCAAUAAAAAUGACCCUCGGAGCUAGUUCAAAGUCUGUAAUGCCCAAGCCUACUGUAGCAUCAGUAUUCAACCAUGAUGAUGAUGAUGAGCCCGAAGAGAUGCCAGCCGAGGCUAAAAUGAGGAUGAGGAAUAUUGGAAGGGAAACACCAACAUCAGCAGGGCCGAAUUCUUUUGGUAAAACAAAGCAAGGCUUCUGUGAUGCCAAGAAAGUGUUUGAGAAGAACCUCAAGGAAGCACUAGAGACAGCUGAAAAGCCUGCCACCAAAUUCCCGCAAACUAUCUAUAAGAUUAAGGGUCCAUGAUAAUUGUAUAAUUCUUAAAUACGCGUCACGAAAGUUGAUAAACAUUAUUCUAUGACUAACUCAUGUAGACAAACAACUGAGAAUUGCAAUCAAAAACCUUCUAGAAUCAAUCUUCAGGCACUCAUCAUGUAAGGCUAGACAAAGCUAAAAUAUGUUACCUUAAUAUGUAGUGUAAGAAAUUCAUUGUUUGAAAUUUGUAUGCAUGCCAACUUACAGGCUUGGCACCAAUGGCCUGUAAGGCAAAAGCUUGACUUAAUUUUGUUUAUAUAUAUUUCUAUAGUUUCGUCCGUUCUACUUUCAAUUUAAUAGCUAAGAAUCUUUGAGAUAUUCACAAACAAAUUGUAGAAACAAUUCUUUAAAGCCCAGGCUUCAAAAUGGUGGCUGGUGGCAUCAAGAUUAUUUGUUUGUUACAAGUUGGAUACAGGGCUACGAUCCAUAUGGUAUUUCUUAAAUUCCUUUUCAAUUUUAACUUGCAGUAUGUUGCCAUUAAGGUUAUUUAAUAACCAAACCUAACCUUACAACUUUCGCGUCGCGUUCUCUUUUACUUUGCAAUAUUAAAAUUGCAAAAAUAAUGUAUUAAUCAAUAGUCAUUACUGUACUACCACUUUUGUAUGUUACAACGACAAUUUUCAUUAGUGCACAAAGGAGUUAUCUAAAGUUGACCAAAAAUGUGUGUGUCUAACACCAAUGAAAUUUAGACCAUGUUGCUUCACAUUAAGAUUUAAAUACAGCAAGCUCAUGCUAACUUGCUCUUAACUUUAAAUGUGUGAAAUAGCAUUGGCUAAAAUAUUGCUUAGCAACAAAAUAGCACUUUGAUGUUGUUAUAACCUAAAAAUAAUAGUAUUUUAGUUCAGACAGAACCACACACAAUUUUCUACUUUCGGUUGUGGUAAUAUGACCUAUUUUAAUUUGGCUGAUUAAUUGUUUGGGGAUUUUUUUGUCUGAACUGACCCUUGAUGGAUAUUACAAACUUAUGCAUUCUUUUUUAUGUUAAUAGACAUUUAGAGUAUUUGAUACACAUGAAUUUUAAUCAAUUAAAUUGCUAUAAAUUUCACAUAGACUGUCAGACACAAAAAUGAGAGCACAGAGAACUGUGUACUAACUAAAGAAAUUUUAUAGCCUUUAUUUUGACACCUAUUAUUAUUAUGAUUUCGACUAGGAGUUUAAAGUGAGAUAACGGCCACAGAUCCGACAGAGCUAUGAAUGGUUGUGGCGUCGAGGAGUAUAGUUUCUCUUUUGCCUUCAACGUACAGUCGGCCGGCACGUCCGGUAUACUAUAAUAUACUCAUUAUACAUAAAGGGCUAAGCCAAUCGAGCAAAUUUUGAUAUGGACUAGAAUUUCCCCGCGUUCAUUAGCUAUUCUUAAUACAAUAUACUCUGACCCUUCACGAUGCAUCGCCAGCUCACGUUUAUAGUGUUUGCGCUUAGCGUUCCUGGCUCGACUUAUAAGGUAGCGUCAUUUUAUGAUCCUUUAUCAAGAAUUUGGUUCAGAAAUGUUUUUUUUUUCUGUCAUCUGCCUAGUGACAUAUUGCAGUCAAGAUGAGCACUUUUUUAUAAGUAUAGAUAAUUAUUGAUAAAUCAGAGCCUGUAAGUACUGUUACAAGUGUCACAUAUGGCCACCAAACUGUCUGAUCACCCUAAACAGAUUAUCUUUGAUAAACUACUUAGAUUCUAUAAAAUCUUGACAGGUUGUGCCAAUUCUAUUGUACAAAAAUCUCUUCUUAAAAUAUUACUAUCCUUUUUCACAAAGAUCCAAUUUUACGACUAUUAGAAAAUUUUCACUUUUCUCUUUAUGGUGUCUAUAUUUUUAAAUGUUGUAGUGAAUGGUAUUGAAUGAAUUACACUAAUAUAAUCACCAUUAG